CCUAAUUACUUCUGAAUUCCGUAGACAGCACCAUUUUAUUUCUGCAUGACCGGCAGUUAACAGAGCUUCGCAACUCCUCAUCCAUGGCAUCAACCAUGCCGUUCUCCGCUGGCCUCGUUUCUCUUGGGUCUCCGCCGCCGCAGCGCCACAGCUGCAGGUUCCAGCGAUAUCAUCGACCGGGCACUCUCAUUUCAUCAGCUAUAAGGCAUGGUCAGGUUAAAGCUAUGGCUGGAGUGAGCAUGGAUGGCUUGGCACAGCCUCAAGCCCCAGUUGCAGUGGUUACCGGAGCAUCGAGGGGGAUUGGGCGAGCGAUAGCUGUGGCUCUUGGCAAAGCAGGGUGCAAGGUAGUUGUGAACUAUGCCAAGUCAGGCAUGGAAGCUGAAGAAGUGUGCAGAGAGAUCAUGGAGUCCGGUGGCACUGCCAUCUCCUUUUCAGCCGAUGUCUCCAUUGAAGCCGAGGUUGAAACCAUGAUGAGAGCGGUAAUUGAUACUUGGGGAACGCUGGACGUGAUGGUGAACAAUGCAGGGAUCACGCGAGAUGCUCUGCUAAUGCGGAUGAAGAAGGCGCAGUGGCAGGAAGUAGUGGACGUAAACCUUACCGGUGUUUACCUCUGCGCCCAGGCUGCGGCGGCAGUGAUGAUGAAGAGGAAGAAGGGAAGAAUCAUCAACAUCGCCUCAGUUGCCGGGAUGAUCGGCAACAUUGGCCAGGCCAACUACUGCGCCGCCAAGGCCGGGGUGAUUGGAUUGACCAAGGCCAUGGCCCGGGAAUACGGUGGCAGAAACAUAAAUGUGAAUGCAGUUUCCCCGGGCUGGGUCGCGUCUGACAUGACCGCAAAACUAGGCGACGACAUCGAACGAAAGGCGCUCGAGACAAUACCACUAGGACGAUUCGGCAAGCCAGAGGAGAUUGCUGGACUGGUGGAGUUCUUGGCUGUUCAUCCAGCUGCAAGCUACAUGACCGGGCAGGUGCUCCCAGUUGAUGGUGGCCUGUCCAUUUGAGUGUUACUGAAACCGAACCUAAGCGAGAUGUGGAAACGUAAAUUUUCCAAUGAGAAACAAGGUUGUGUCACACAAAAUUAAGCACAAGAGGGCUCCAUGCCUUUGCGUCAGGCUUGUGGCGUACGGAGUACCUACUCAUGUGUUCUUUACUGGGAGGUUGGAGAAAGUUAUAGUCUGGAUGGAAAUUCAGUAGUAUGUAUUGCCCAUAGCGUAUACUCGAUCAUUUGGUUCAACCGAAAGUACCAGAAAAAUAACCAAAGUUAACGAAUGUAUAUCCAAGAUGUAUUGUACAAGUCCGCCAAAUGUAAUGUUUUGGCUGUCCUUCGUCUUCGACAUUUUUAUUUU